AUGGAGUACUUCUAUGAAGGACUUGAUUCACUCAACAGGCAAAAACUUGACUCGGCUUGUGGAGGAAAUUGGUGGAAUCAGACUCGAGCUGAAGCUAAGGAAAUUGUGGAGAAUCAAGCAGAGAAUUCAAGACAGUUUCAGUCCAGAGACCGAUCUAUGGGUGCCAGCAGAAGAUCCUUGAAUACUAUUACCAUAGAUGGAGCCAUAGAGAAGAGAUUGAGUUCUAUGGAGAAUGACAUUGCCUUAAUUGCUAGUGCUAUGAAGCUAAGAACCACCUUGCAGAAGAUUGUCCUAAGUGAAGAGCAAUUGAGGAAGACACCCAAGAGGAGGAUAGAUAAUCCAUUCCUUAGCUACCGAAGCAAUAAUGUGCUCAAUCCUCCAACUACUCCACCUGGAUUCCAACAAAGACAACAUGUAGGAGAUGUGCAACAAUUUGGCCAAAGACGUGUGCCUCAACAAGAACAGGCUCCAGGUCAGACAUCAAUAGGAACUUUAACUUUGGAAGCUAUGAUGCAACAAAUGAUGUUUGAUAGCAAAAAGGAAAGAGAGGAAAUGAGUGCUUUUCGCCAAGAGAUCAAGUCCUCCACUCAGCAACAAGAGAAGACAAUUGACUUGUUAGAGCGCCAAUCAAAUGCAAUGGUUUUGAAAAGUGGGAAGGUGGUGGAUGCAGCUCCAGUGGUCAAGAAGCUAAGAAGAAAGUGGGAAGAACAUGUAUUAGAGCAGAUUGUGCCUGAGGAACCAUCAAAAGUCAGUCUGGGCACCAUAACUCAAUCCGUUGAGGAAUUCUCUCAACCUGUUGAGAAUGCACCUGAAACAAAUAUUGAGUCAAGACCGAAACCAGCCAUGGUAUGUCCCUUAACCUCACCUUUGAUUAUCACUAAUGUGCAUUUUCCUAGCAAAUUACAUAAACAAGUGAAUGAGGAAAUAGACAAGGAGAUCCUAGACGUCUUCAAGAAGGUUGGGGUGAAUAUUCAAUUGUUGGAUGUGAUCAAGCAAAUUCCUCAGUAUGAAAAAUUCCUCAAGAACUUGUGCACUUCAAAGAGAAAAUUCAAAGGAAUCGAAAUAGUUGCCUUGAGUGAGAGGGUGUCCGCUGUGCUGCAAAGAAAGUUACCACCAAAGUUAGGUGAUCCGGGACGUUUCACUAUUCCAUGCACUAUUGGUGAUCACAUGUUUGCUGGUGCUCUUCUUGAUUUAGGUGCUUCCAUAAAUUUAAUGUCAUAUGAUGUGUAUGAUAGAAUGAAUAUGGGAGAACUUUUACCUACUGGGAUAACCAUUAAACUUGCGGAUCGAUCUAACUGUUGCCCUAGAGGUAUUAUAGAAGAUGUGCUAGUGCAGGAGUUCAUUCAGUACUCAUUAGAGGAUGAUCCCAUGCAAAAUUCAUCGAAAUGGUUGCCUGUAUUUGAGAUUGGAUCAGCUGAAGACCUUGAGAUGGAGGAGGAGUAUUAUGCAAUGGAGGAGACAUUUGAAUCUUUGUCAUACAUGACAGGUAUGUCUCGUAAACUCAUUACUCUCCCGGUUUCAACUAACGUGUUUGCUCCAUAUAUUCGGAAAGUGCUAGAGUUAGAGCUCAAACCUCUACCUGAGCAUUUGAAGUAUGUUUUUCUCCGAGAUGCUGAAACUUUACCAAUCAUAAUUUAUUCAAAUCUCUCAAAGUUGCAAGAGGAGAAGUUAUUGAUUGUUCUUAGGGAGUACAAGGAAGCAAUUGGAUAG